AUGGCACCCCAACGGAUCCUCACCACCCCCUCACCCUCUCUCAAUCCAACCCCCCCAAAACAGUGGCACGAGCACCUUACUUUUGACCUCUUUAUGACCGUCCUAAACCGCUCAAUUCUCCACCCCUUUAUAGCGUGGAUAAUUGUCCUCUGCCUCCGCGCGCAAGCCACCCCGUACACGCACCCCGCGUUUCUAGCUGCAGCCGGCUACGCCAUAUUUCUAACAGCCCUCAAUAUCGCGUUCAUAAUAAGCGACCAAAUCGCGUAUGGAGCACCGAGACAUGUCGAUCUAAGCGAGGAGGUCAUCGUGAUUACGGGCGGGGCGAGCGGGGUGGGGAGAUUGAUUGCACAAAUUUACGGGCUGCGCGGGGCGAGCGUUGCGGUGCUGGAUAUCGCGGAGGAGAAGGAUGUUAAAGGGUGGGAGGACGUUGGAGGGGUCGAGUACUAUCGAUGUGAUAUUGGGGUAAGGGGUGAGAUUGAGGCGGUGGCUCGGAAGAUCCAAGAAGAUUUGGGUACGCCAACAGUGCUCGUCAAUUGUGCAGCGACCCGGAUCAACGGCCAGCCGCUCCUGUCACUCUCUGCUGAAGCAUUCCAGAAGACCAUACAAACCAACCUCGUAGCGGUCUUCCACACCUGUCAAGUGUUCCUCCCACAUAUGCUAUCCAGCGAAAACGGAGGCACCAUCGUGAACGUAAGUUCGGUCCUUGGACAGCUGUGCGCCGCCGGUCUUGCAGACUACUCAACAAGCAAGGCAGGCCUCAGCGCCCUGCAUCGGACGUUGGAGGCGGAACUUCGGGUAUCAGGAAACGGGGAUAAAGUAAAGAUGGUCUUGGUCGAGACCGGCCAAAUAUCAACGCCAUUGUUCAAGUUCAUCAAAACGCCAAACUCCUUUUUUGCGCCCAUGCUUGAGCCUAUCCGUGUUGCUCAAGAAAUCGUCUCCUUGAUUGACAAGGGCGAAAGCGGUCGUAUCAGGUUGCCGACAUAUGCCAUGCUUAUCAACUUGUAUGCGGCGCUACCAGGAGGUCUUCAGCUGAUCGCCCGACGUUUGGCCGGCAUCGAUUCCGCCGUACCACAAGUGUCAUUUUAUACUCGGCAGCCAGGGGAGAAACUCAAACCGCAAGCCGAGUAA